ACUUCUUUUAUACAGCACCAAAAUGACAUUAUAAUCUAUGAACCAGACAAUAUCGCUCUAUCGCUCGCUGCUCCGAGAGAUCCGCUUUUUCUUCGACCCCCGCUCCCGGCUGCACUUCUCCUACCUCGUCCGUACAGAAUUCCGCCAGCCCGCGGGUCUCAUCUCUCAACAACUGACUGGACAUCAGCUCGAUCUCGCGCUCCUCGCCGCCAGAAAAGAGCUCGCUCUUAUAAAGAGGGCAAACGCUGGUUACUAUAAAGAAUGCGCUGAGCUACUUGAGCGGGCGUGGGGUGUCAAGGGACCGGUCCGUGAUAGUCUAUUGGAGUCCGUCGUCAACUACUCGGAGCCUGAGCAGCAGAACACCACAGAAUUGUCGUCGUCCACUGACAAUACACCGAACGCCAAACCAGACUCAAAAGACUCAUCAGACUCAAAAAACACAUCCGCCUCUGAUGAUCGCAAAAACACUGGCGAGCAACAGUCAUCCAAAGAACGAAAGAAGCCUUACUACAGCCCCCAGUUACGCGCACUCGCACAUUAUAUCAAGCUACCGACCGUGCCCGUGUUCCCCACUCCUCCUGCGUUAACCCGUGCCCAGGGUCGAGGCCUGGCGGUCAGUCGAGUAAUUUCGAUCGAACGAAAGCAUUUCAAAAGAGUGCUCAAUAGUGUGCCAACCCCCGUACCGCAGGAGUGGAUCGACGACGUCCUGCCUCGCAUAGAACUCACGCACGUUCACUCCACCAUUACCAACAAAUGGAAGCUUGCGUUCGCUCAUCCCGAUCCUAUCUGCUUUGGCACGCACAAACUCCGCCGCCUCCAGCAGCGCGUCGGCGAUGACCCCUUCGACCCGCUCCCGAUACGCAACCUCAAAGACGUUGAUCUCCACACAAGCAUCAGCAGGGGUGAACGUGCAAAAAAGGCAAACCUCAAACGUCCAUCAUUCAUCCGCAAACGAUAUCUCCAACUGUUUUCCAAGCUAGUGACUCUUGAGCAAUUACCUGACAACUCCUGGGUUACGAAGCCAAUCUUACUCGCAAAAGCAAAGCCAGUAGAGCUCGAGCCUUGGAUGAUGUGAUCUCCUCAUCAUACUCGUAUUUUGUACAUAUUGUAAAUAGUAUAUA